AACCAAUCAUUUGGCCAAGUCAUGCAUACUUAGGAUUGCUCCCCUCUGAGCUCGGAGUGAUGGACUUUUGGUUGUGAUUUUUUUAAUCACUAUCAACCUAAGGUUUAACAGUCUUCAAGUCUACGCCAAAAACAGUUCCAGGUGGAAUCCAAGAACUCAAGACUGUACUUCCUCCUCAUACAGCUGCUGGCACUGGAACGAUGCUGAUUACCCCGAGCACGAGGACUCAAAUAGGAUCUGAAGCUCCCAAGAACAGUCCAUGAUGCCAGCCACACGGCCACAACUUGCUCCGUUCGAUGCAGCAGCAUUCGGUUAUUUUUGGCUAAUCAGAUUCGUCCUGUCAUUCUGUGAACUGGAGUACAUAUAAAAUGCAAAAAUUACAUGGAUUCCCUAAUCAUCGCCUCGAUUAUAGGAGACAAAGAGGUAGUGGAUCUAUUGAUGAAAGCGGGGGCGAAUAUAGAAUGUAAAUACAAUGGCGGGAAUACUCCAAUUAUCAUCGCCUCGAUUAAUGGACACCAAGAGGUGGUGGUUAUAUUGAUUAAAGCGGGAGCGAAUAUAGAACAUACCAACGAUGAGGGAAGAACUCCUAUAGGGUGUGUUUCUAUUAAAGGACACAAAGAGGUGGUGGAUCUAUUGAUUAAAGCGGGGGCGAAUAUAGAAUGUAAAUACAAUGGCGGGAAUACUCCAAUUAUCAUCGCCUCGAUUAAUGGACACCAAGAGGUGGUGGAUCUAUUGAUUAAAGCGGGAGCGAAUAUAGAACAUACCAACGAUGAGGGAAGAACUCCUAUAGGGUGUGUUUCUAUUAAAGGACACAAAGAGGUGGUGGAUCUAUUGAUUAAAGCGGGGGCGAAUAUAGAAUGUAAAGACAAUGGCGGAUGUACUCCAAUCAUCAUCGCCUCGAUAAGAGGACACCAAGAGGUGGUGGAUCUAUUGAUUAAAGCGGGGGCGGAUAUAGAAUGUAAAGAAAAUGGCGGGAAUACUCCAAUUAUCAUCGCCUCGAUUUUAGGACAAAAAGAGGUGGUGAAUCUAUUGAUUAAAGCGGGGGCGAAUAUAGAAUGUAAAGACAAUGGCGGAAAUACUCCAAUUAUCAUCGCCUCGACUAAUGGACACAAAGAGGUGGUGGAUCUAUUGAUUAAAGCGGGGGCGGAUAUAGAAUAUAAAGACAAUUGCGGGAAUAUUCCAAUUAUCAUCGCCUCGAUUAAUGGACACCAAGAGGUGGUGGAUCUAUUGAUUAACGCGGGGGCGAAUAUAGAAUGUAAUAACAAUGGCGGGAAUACUCCAAUUAUCAUCGCCUCGACUAAUGGACACCAAGAGGUGGUGGAUCUAUUGAUUAAAGCGGGGGCGGAUAUAGAAUGUAAAGACAAUGGCGGGAAUACUCCAAUUAUCAUCGCCUCGGCUAAUGGACACCAAGAGGUGGUGGAUCUAUUGAUUAAAGCGGGGGCGGAUAUAGAAUAUAAAGACAAUCACGGGAAUAUUCCAAUUAUCAUCGCCUCGACUAAUGGACACCAAGAGGUGGUGGAUCUAUUGAUUAAAGCGGGGGCGGAUAUUGAAUGUAAUAACAAUAGCGGGAGUACUCCAAUUAUCAUCGCCUCGAUAAAAGGACACCGAGAGGUAGUGGAUCUAUUGAUUAAAGCGGGGGCGGAUAUAGAAUGUAAAGAAAAUGGCGGGAAUACUCCAAUUAUCAUCGCCUCGAUUUUAGGACACAAAGAGGUGGUGGAUCUAUUGAUUAAAGCGGGGGCGGAUAUAGAAUGUGUAGACAAUGGCGGGAAUACUCCAAUCGCCAUCGCCUUGGGUGAAGGACAUAAGGAUAUAGUGGAUCUAUUGAUUAAAGCGGAUGCAAUCAUUGAAGGCAGUUACUUUCAAAUCGACACUCCGAUAGUUAUCGCAGCUAAAUUGGGAUAUGUUGACAUUUUAGACGUUUUGUUGAAAGAAGGUGCUUGUUCCAGCAAUUUUCGUUAUGGAUCGAUAUUAAAUAUCGGUGCAACGUUUGGUCAACGACGGGUCGUUGAAUAUCUUUUGAGACGCGGGAUGUCAUUAGAAAUCCGUGACUCGAAAGGAAACACCCCACUUCAAAAUGCAAUCAUAAAGGGUCAUUUCUCAGUGGUCCAAUUCCUAAUAAGGAGUGGAGCAGAUACACACCCUUCGUCAGAGAGUAUUAUAUAUUCUGCUGCUUCGUGUGGCCAUGCCGAUAUCGUGAAAUACUUGGGAAGCAGGGAUGCACGGAAGUUAUUAGAUUUGCCCAAUGCCAGUGGGUGGUCGCCUAUUGCCAAGGCAGUUUCAGGUGGUCAUUUUCGGACAGUUAGACAACUUCAUCAGCUUGGAGCUGACAUGAACUGCAGUGUAAAUGGAAAAGGACUGCUUCAUCUAGCAGCUGAGUCCGGUUGCCUAGAUAUCUAUCAAUAUCUUAUCAUCGCUGGGCUUGACUGCAAACGACUCAACUUUAAUGGAUUGAAGGCUUAUGAAUGCUUCCCCUUUCAAUCAAAACUUAAUUAUCAAGCAAGCAACCGAUUAGGACAUUCCUCCGAACAAAGUCUCUCUUUCGUCAUGUCGCGAUUAAAUGAGCAAUAUGCUACACCCGCGUAUGGAUACAAACUUUCAGAAUUAUCUGGUGUACUGGGACUAGGCAGCGUGAAUAUUAUCGAGGGUGGUGUUUCGGAAACUAUCAUGAGGUUUGUAAGGGAGAAGGAGGUUGUUGAGGGCUUAGAGCUAUGCGGAAGUUCGGCUGAGGGCACGAAGGUUCAGCUGCCUGAUGAAAUGGACUUCCUUAGAUUGGUAAAUGCAAAUCCUCUCUCUCGAAACGAAAUGGUUGACACCUUACAUGGAUAUAAGUAUAUGCAAGCUAGACAAAUUAAGAAGAGGUUUUUAUCAAGUAAAUCACUCCAUGAGUAUGAAAGCCAAAACCUAGAAUCUAGCGCAAAAGCCCAAGAGUCUAAAAAAAGCGGAGAAAUCCUUUUGCAGGCAGUUGCUGGAGGAGGCAGUGCCAGUGUUCCUGUGACUAUCAGAUGGCCCGAUGAUAAACCUUCAAAACGCAUUGUCUCAGAUCAUAUAGUAACAACCUUACCUGUAAAUGAUUGGCCCGAUGAUUGGCAAGAUGAUUGGUCAGAUUAUGCACUACAGAAAGGAGAAUCUGAAAGUGAGGUAACGGCGGACGUUUGUGCUUAUCAACGGACUGGAUACACCUUAUCUCAAGCUGAUGCUAGAAGAGGAUGGGCCAGUAUUCCUGUAACUAUCAGAAGGCUUGAACAUAUAUCAUCCAGUCUCCUUAUCUCUGUGGAUAUAGUACCGAUAUUUCAUGUUGAUGAUUGGCCAGACGAUGCUAUCAAGAAGACCUGGCGAAUGGACGAGGACACCUUGAAGAAGAGUGGGUACAGGCUGGUCCUCAAACCGCCACACAAGGACAGUGAGUACGGACGGUUGCUACCCGAGGAAGACAGAGAAAGAAUGUUGCGGAUCUCCUUCUCUCAUCUAGAACCUGUCACAAUCGCACCUUUGGAUCCAAGAAUCAAAGACGCAUACAUCACAGCAAAGUGUCUGAGGUCGCCUAUGGCAUGUGGCGUUGUGAUUAGAGACACCGACGGCGUCAUACAUUUCGUCAUUCACUUCCUUACAAGUUACCUCCUGAAGACAGUCUUCCUCCAUAACAUAGACGACUUCCUUGAGACAAACAGGAGCCUGCCAGAGAUGGUCUACAUCAUCUACAGCCAACUUGAGGAGUACCUUGGCAAGGGCAACCUACCGUUCUACUGGCAGCCAAGCGUCAAUCUGCUGAAGGUUUGAAACUCAACAUAGCCAAGUCUCAUCAAGUCGCCAAGCUGAUGACGGCAACCGUUGGUAGGAUGUCCCGCCUGGAGCGUGGUGGAGAGAACCAUGGUGAUGAUGCGAGGGAAGAUGGGCCAAGCAUUGAAGCCGCUGAUGACGAGCCUGACAUAGGUUGUUACAUCGUCAGAUUAGAAUAGCCAGCAAGUAAUCUUCACCCCGAUGAACACUUUGUAUGCGAUACGGAUUCUUCGGUGUAACCACAUCUAUGGUUGUUCCCUGGCCUGCCCUGGCCCGGCCGGUUCAAACCACGAGAGUGCAUGUGUGCGAGUUGGGCCGACGCGACAGGCGCAGCGGUCGGAAGCGAGUCUCUGGCAGGAUAUCUCGGACUUUGGUUCGACAUCGAAAGCCUCAAGUGCGUCAGGACCUUCAAAGCCAAGUGGUAGGGAAUCUGUUCUUGAAAUGACACCGGGCUCAAAACAGCUGCUAUGUUGACUUCGAGAGAGAGAAUGGUGAAAGAUCGUGUGGUGUACAAAGGAAAACAAGCCCGACCGUAAAAUUUUAGAAAACUUCUGAAAUUAUUCAGACCCCCUCCACCUCUUACACCUCUCCGCUAUUCAGAUAUGCAAUUGCAAAACUGUAGACUUUCCGAGGUUGGGGACACAUCACGGAGAUGAUAUACCAAAUGUUCACCACUUCUGAAAAAAAGUAGCAGGACUUUCAGAUUUUGGUAAAAAUGCCCCCCCCCUAAUUUUCGAUGAUUUCUGAAGUUUUACAAUGUAUUUUCUACUUGCAACUACGAAAUUGAUACAAAGAAGACACAUUGGCAUUGUUCAUCCCGAUUGAGUUGAAUGUUGGAUGGCAUCCAACGACAAUGCGCAUAAUAUCUACAGGGGGCUUGGCUUACAUAUCCAGACACUCUCAAAUCGGUAUUAUGACAUAGGAAGUUGGAUGUUGCACUCAAUUCCUUUCAUAAUACUUAUGAGUUACUUACACCCUUUGAUAUGCUGACUGCAUGGGUGAACAAAGGUAUGGACUGGUAUAUCUUGUAUUGACAUGUUAACUUGUAUUGAUAUUGUAAUUGUAUGAGGUAGGGUAGCUACUAUAACCUUGAUUCCACUAUGUAUAGACUUGUAUAAAUUGUAUUGUCAUGUAUUGACAUGUAUAAACUUGUAUCGACUUAUAUUGUAAUUAUGUGCGGUGUAACUUUAUAUAAUUAUAUGUGUCACAAUAUCAUAUGGUAGAAGGCAGAAGGCCUAGAGAUUGCAAGCUGUUUGAAGCCAGUCUAUUACUAUCAUAACAUUAUAUAACAAGAGAGUCACAUUCAUUAUUUCCUAUAUUUUGUGAGUAACAUUUAAGAGUGUGAAGCCUGGUAGGGCCUGUCACAAAUUUUAAAUGAUCAAGUGAUUUCGGUUUUGUGUACGCUUGUAACGACUCUCAUUACAGAAUGACUGCAAACUUGUGGAUGGAUAUAGAUUGAAUACUCGUUAGGGUGAUGCUAUACAUGCUUCCCGAAAUUGGUGGCUUGCAUUGGAACUAACUUUUUCCCCCUUGUCCGUCAUUAAAGGCAUUCAACUGUGUUGGUCAACCAUGACUAUCUCCUUUGUCCCUCCACCAUAAGGCCUAGUUUCCCCUUAUGACAUCACUAUUUCGGACACUCAGCGCCCCAUUUCUGGAAAGGUGUAUAGUGCCUCCAUGUUGCCAGUCAACAAGAAUUCAUCCAAAAUAUCCACAAACUGAUAAAAGUGUUACUCGGAGAACAUAAUUGUUUGCGUUGCCACCGAACAAUAUGUUAUAUAGACAAGCAAGUGCUUUUACUUCAAUUUUGUGCAGAAAUGUUUUGUGUACAUGUGCAGUACAUAUAGCGUUUUAGAUAAAAUCACCCGACAGUCUCUUUCAUAUCUGCCAUUAUCUGGUCCGAUUUUUUGGUGUUUGAAAGAGUUACGGUGUUCCUAAUACAUUAACAUAAUAAAGAGUGACUAUAUAGUUUCACCUUAAGGGUUGACCAUAGGUAUCGCCAUAUUGUCGAGAACUCCAAAUCCUAAAGCCUUUAGAGCUCUUUCAAAACAUAGUGAAUGCUCAUUUCAAGGGCUGGAGUCUGUUCUUUGUUUUACAGAGAACAGCUUCCAGUCCAGGGUUUUAAAUUAAGGAAUUGAACCCGAGGCGGAGGACCUUGGUUGAGUUACCAAGACACUCGAGGGUGGAGCUAAAAUACAGUCCAAACCCGAGCCGACAGGCGAGGGUUUGGACGAAAUUUUAGCUCCACCCGAGAGUGUCUUGGUAACUCAACCAAGGUCCUCCGCCUCGGGUUCAAUUUCUAUUCUAAAAUACCUCAAACUUAAAAAGAUAGGCCACGAAAAUAACUUGAAUAUGUGCGAAUUUGGCAAAUUCCAUCCAUCGCCGGCCCGGCCGGAGCGCCGGUAGCGCCGUUGUUUACAUUAUGUUAGCGCGCAUAGGAAGUCCGCAUCGGCUCGCUCAAGUGAUGCUAAAAUCCGCGCAAAUGGGCUAUUUGGAGCGUUUUUCUCGGCAAAUAUGUGUAGUGCUCAUUAAAAAACUUAGGGUGGUUGAUGCUUCCUUGACUGAUUUGUGUUUGAAGCAGUGUUUUGAGAGUCUCAAACUUCUGAAGUGAGGUGAAAUUCCUUUGACGUGACGUGUGCAUGGUUUUCACAUUUUAGUGCAACCCGAGGGAACUUUGGUAGAGCAUCUUGGUUGCGUGUCCAAAACACUCCGCUCUCAGAACGAGGCUUAUGCAUUUUCCAUUUAAAAGUUGACUUUACGGUACCAAGGUAUUUUAGAAUGAGCAUUCACUAUGUUAUGAAGAAGUACUAAUUGCUUUUUGAUUUCAAGUUCUAACCAAAAUGGCGGUAUCUAUGGUCAACCCUUAAUUUUAGUGCAGUUUAAGCUUUCCGACAAUUGUUUGGGUGUCUUUUUAGACUUCAAACUAUUUUGAGUUUCUCUUUAACGUUGUUUAAGCCAACUGGCUGGUCUUAAUGACUGAUCAUAAAACUCAGUUUUAUUUAAGCUACAUGUGUGUAUCUUUUCCCAAUAUUUGUACCGUUAAGAUAUUCGCUGCAGUGGCGAUUUUUACGUGAUCGUAAUGAGACCUUAGAAGGCUAUUCUAACGUGAAUUAUUUUGGCCGAUACGCGAAUUUGUUAUGAAAGAUAAUUAUUUUAUGAAGAUCGAAAAGAUUUUAUGGCGGUAAGGCUGGGUAAUGACUAGUAAUGUAGUGAGUGGGUUAACGUGACAAAACAACUGCGACUUGAUCACUCGUUGCAACCAUUUCAGCGAACCAUAUGCAAGUUAUUGUAAACAUUUUCAGCGAGAUUUUGAUUUUUGAAGGCCUAGGUGUCCUUGGUCGAAGUUGCUCAAUGCAAAUCUCCUCACAUUGAGAGUUUCCUAAUGAGAAUUUCAUCACGGCAUGGAAAAAAUAGAAGUAGUCGCUGUGAAUGGUUGAUCUUGGGUUGCAAACAAUGGCUUGUGUGCCAAACUGGUGGGUUUUGAAUGUGGCAAGAUAGGUUUUAUUAAAGUGGUUUGGUGUUAUUAGAUUUACCUUAGUAAAAUUCCAGUUCGAGAUAAGACCACCAUUGAAUAUUCGUAGGUUGCAGUAUCCAGACCUAUCAACGAGAAGCUUGUCCGAUUAUCUUAAAAAAUCCGCGGACAACGACCACUUUAAUUUCCACUAGUUUGUCGCCAGACUGUCCGGAAUAUCAUAUCAACAUCUAAGAUUCAAAAUUGCCCGCAGUAAUUGGUGCGACGUGGGAAAACUUUGACAAAUGAACUGAUGAAAGUCUUUAACAAAUCAAUGGUGGUUUUGCCUCGUUGGACGAGCGAGUCCUUCAGUUCUCACCCCCUAUUCUAGUAGGCGCUGUCUACCUGUCUCAACACUUGCGACAGGCGACACUUCAAAAAAGAAUGUCCAUGCUUUACUGUGUGUUCCUGGACCGAAGUUCGUUGCGAUUAUAUUUUAUAGUUCGGCUAAUUAAAGCCAUUAUAUGUGUACAUACAAUCAUGUGUAAUUUCGCAAAUCAUUUUGAUUACAGCUCGGAAAUGCACAGAUAGGGGGAAAUAUUGCUUGUCAAUGGAAUGUUUCAUAAAAUUCGUGUCCGUCUUCAAGCAGUAAGACUCGAAAUAUGGUUAGACGCUUUAUGUCAUUCGGUACAGAUUCAUCCGGUUUCACCGGUGAAGAAGUAGAAAUUGUCCGAGGGAAAAACCGUCCACCCUAUUGUAUUUUGUCGGAUUAUGGUAUUAUAGUUCUUUCGGUGACAUUACCGUCAAUAGGUCAGAGAUUAAAGAGCAUAAUAGAAUCCUUUGCUCCCCCGGAAAUUCUAUCCUGGGACAUUUCAAACUUCUACACCGGACUCAUUGAAAACACUCACGUUUCCAUAAUAUGAGGGCGGUUCAUGCGCGGGGGGAGGGGGGGUUGUCUCAGAUGUUCCUAUAUCUUUGAUACUCUCUGUAGUCAAUGUGGGUCUUAGAGGCAGCACGUACUUGGAUAUCACUGUGUAUGUUUAUUGUUGCUUUUGCGCUGUUUAAUUAUCAUGUUGUAUGUAUUCUAAACGUGAGGGACAGGAUUUGCAACACUUACGAAGUAUACAAAGUAUGUAGCCAUCAUGACAGAUGUAUUUUAUCGACGACUGUCUUUGAUGAGCUCGCUUAGUCCAAGUACUACUAAGUGUGAAAGCCUAUUUACGAGUGUCCCGUAAAUGGAUUCGCCCAGGACAUGAUGAUAAUACGUUCAGACCUUCGUACCUCGUAAUAUGUUGCUCAUAAUGAUUGCGAAACCUCCCUAUUAUUUCAAUAAUUAGAUUAUAGCCUGAUGCAAGAA